CACUUUCAAGCCAUUCUUAAUUCUCAGAAACACCAACAGAUUCAUCAAUCAAUCAGGGGCGAUCUGAUAAACACAAAACAUGGCUCAGUUACUUAACAUGGUCAUUCUUGUAGCAAUUGCAGUUUCUGCAACGAUUCUAAGAGGCACAGAAGCUGCAGAAUACACAGUAGGUGACAGCACCGGUUGGAUAAGUGCUCCCACCGGUGGCGCUUCUUUCUAUUCCGACUGGGCUUCCACUAUCACAUUCAGAGAAGGCGACGUCCUAGAGUUCAGAUUCAGCUCAAGCCACACCGUGGCAGAACUUAACGACAAGGCAAGCUUUGAUAGUUGCAGCGUGGAUCAAAAUACGGAAGUGUUGAGCAAUUCACCAGCUAAAAUCACCCUCAAUCGUACUGGGGAGUUCUAUUUUGCAUGCACCGUCCAAGGCCAUUGCAGCAGUGGCCAAAAACUGAGCGUCAACGUCACAGCCUCUUCAUCUUCACCCUCAUCACCACCUGCUUCUGGAACCACUCCAACCCCACCUUCCGGCGAAGCAGCACCACCACCUCAAUCAAACCCCACCGAGCCAGGUUCAACUCCACCACCAUCACCGGGCUCAGCCACCUCCAUAGUCGCAACUUUCUCUCUUCUUCUCACAACCCUUGUAGUCAACUCAUUGUUCUUCUAAGCUUUUCUUCUGCAUUAUUUGUGUUAUAGUUCAUUUCAUUAUGCCGGAUGCUUUCGAUUUCCGUACGUGUUUGAUUUCACACACUUCAGUGUCGGAUAUACGUAUAGGCUGAUUUCAUUAUUCGUCGUCAUUGUAUUUUUGUAGGGUGAAAUAAAUUUGAUCUAGUUCCAUUGGUGUUCUUAA